AUGAAGACAAGUUCAUCACAAUUUGAGUUAAUGGUAACGUUUAUGGAGCAGCAUGGAGAUCUAAGCAAACUUUUAAGUAAUGCAAGAGGCAGAGUAAGUAAUUUCCAAAAAUGGGAGGAAUUAACCCGACUUUUAAACAGUGAUGGCAGUGGAUGUACAAAGACCACUGAAAAGUGGAAAAAAGUAUGGAGCGAUUAUAAAAACAACACCAAAAAAAAAGCUGCACGCUUGCAUCGAUCGGCUAAUGCAACUGGUGGUGGGCCUGCUAUGUUUAGCAAGCUAUCAGAUUUCGAGCAGAGAGUCUUAAAAAUUACUGGUGUGCAAGCAGCCACUGGCUUAGCAGUGGAGGAGGCUGGGUGA